GGGAAGUUCGUAAUGCAGAGUGGAUUGUAGUUUAUAGUGUGGCUCUCACUCUGAAACUGAAAGGUCCACCCCAAACCAAACACACUUUAUAUUCGUGGCAGUUGCUACUUUCUUGCACACAUCGACACCUUCACCACAUGGCUAAGCUUCCUAUUCCCACUCUCUUCUCUUUGAGGCACUUCUUCAUCCUCUCCCUCGCCUUCAACGUCACCCUCAUACUCAGAUUAAUGCUCUACCACCAAACACAACCCUUUGCAACAACAACAACAACAACUAAUUUUGACACACCGAUUCUCAUAUCAUCAUCAUCAUCAUCAGACACCAAUAGAGUCAUCAACCUCGACCAUGGAGACCCGAGAGUAUAUGAGAGAUUUUGGAGACAAACGGGUGACAAGAGCACGAUCAUAAUCCCAGGGUGGCAGUCAAUGAGUUAUUUUUCUGAUGUGAGCAACAUUUGCUGGUUUUUGGAGGCAGAGUUUGCGAGGGAAGUGGUGAGGUUGCACAAAGUGGUUGGCAAUGCAGUCACAGAAGGGCGUCACAUUGUUGUUGGAACAGGUUCUUCUCAGCUCUUUCUGGCUGCUCUUUAUGCGCUCUCCCCCAAUGAUGCACCUGAACCAAUCAGUGUAGUAUGUGCCUCACCCUACUACUCGUCCUACCCAUCAAUGACGGAUCACCUGAAAUCAGGCCUUUACAAGUGGGGUGGUGAUGCAGAAAGUUUUGACAAAGAGGGUCCCUACAUUGAGCUGGUUACUUCUCCCAAUAACCCUGAUGGACAUGUAAGAAGAUCUAAGGUCAACAGAAGCCAGGGAUUUUUGGUCCAUGACCUUGCCUAUUACUGGCCACAGUACACUCCAAUAUCUGCUCCUGCAGACCAUGAUCUCACACUUUUCACUGUCUCAAAAAGCCCUGGUCAUGCGGGAAUGCGCAUAGGGUGGGCUCUUGUGAAAAACGAAGAGGUAGCAAAGAAAAUGACUAAAUUCAUAGAGCUGAAUACAAUUGGGGUGUCUAAGGACUCACAACUCAGGGCUGCUAAGGUUUUAAGGGCAGUUUCUGAUAGCUGGGAACAAGGAAAUUCCAACGAGGGUGAGUCAUUCUUCAAGUUCAGUCACAAACUCAUGGCCAAAAGGUGGAAGCAACUGAGACUAGUGGUGGAGCGUGGUGGAUUGUUUAGUUUGCCCAAAUUUUCUCCAGCAUUCUGCACCUUCUUCAAUCAGGUCUUGGAGCCUCAACCAGCUUUUGUGUGGUUAAAGUGUGAGGGAAACGUGGAAGACUGCGAAAGCUUCCUUAGAGGACACAACAUCUUAACGAGAAGUGGGAUUCACUUUGGGGUUAGCCCAAAAUACGUAAGAAUCAGUAUGUUGGACACUGAUGAAAACUUUAACCACUUUCUAGAUAGACUCUCUGGCAUACAGUCAUGAUAGUUGGAGUUUGGUGUUGGUUAAUGUAUGUUUGUAUAAUUAGAAGUUUAGAAGUGUUAGUUUUCUGUGUGGUGGAGAGUGAAACACAGCAAUGCAAUUUUGUUCAUCAUAAGAUAUAUGGCUCUUACGAAUCCAAUUAUAAGAAAGAAA